GCGGAGGUUGUCAUGGCUCGUACUAAGCAGACGGCGCGCAAGUCCACGGGCGGGAAGGCGCCCCGCAAGCAGCUGGCCACCAAGGCGGCCCGCAAGAGCGCGCCGGCCACGGGCGGCGUGAAGAAGCCGCACCGCUACCGGCCCGGCACCGUGGCGCUGCGCGAGAUCCGCCGCUACCAGAAGUCCACCGAGCUGCUGAUCCGCAAGCUGCCGUUCCAGCGGCUGGUGCGCGAGAUCGCGCAGGACUUCAAGACCGACCUGCGCUUCCAGAGCUCGGCCGUCAUGGCGCUGCAGGAGGCGUGCGAGGCCUACCUGGUGGGGCUCUUCGAGGACACCAACCUGUGCGCCAUCCACGCCAAGCGCGUCACCAUCAUGCCCAAGGACAUCCAGCUGGCGCGCCGCAUCCGCGGGGAGAGGGCGUAA